AUGUUGUUUUCCGCGUUGUUACUACUGUCGUCCCUGCAUAACGUGGUUGCACAGCGCCAUGACGCUGACUUGAUGUCCUUUGUCACACUACCAGAGGUCCGAGCCUUGAAAUGGGACGUUCACUACCACGACCGCGCGCGCGCCGAGCCGGGCUACUGGUUCGUUGCGCCCUAUGGCCAGAUCAACCCCGAGCUAGCCACCAAAAAGUACCAGCAAUAUCAGGUCGGCCCGUAUAUCUACGAUGACAAUGGGAUGCUGAUCUGGGCCGGCUCGCUCUUCUGGGAGAACCAGAAUGUUUUCGAUUUCCGCGCGGUACACGACCUGUCAACAGAUAAUGACACUCACAUUUCAAUGAUUGUCAACUGGGAAAGAGACGGGCCAAGUAAGGGUAAGGGCGUGAUGAUGAACAAGCACUACCAUGUCGAGACCGAAGUGAAGGUCUUGAAUGACCUGCACGAUUUCAACAUGCACGAAUUCAACAUCUUGCCCGGGGGGAAGACCGCCUUGGCCUGUACCUACCGCUCCCGAGAGAUCAGCAUGGUGGACUUCGGACGUCCGGCGGAGACCAGCUUUAUCGUCUCUGGUGGCUUUGUGGAGUUGGAUAUGGAGACCAGUGAGAUCCUGGUUCAGUGGGAAAGUUUCGACCACGUCCCCCUGCAUGAAUCAAACAUGUUUCAUGCCUGGGACAACCCGAUGGGUGAUCCGGGCUGGGACUACGUCCACAUCAACGCUGUGGACAAGAACGCCGCGGGAGACUAUAUCAUCUCCCUGCGCUUCACUGACACGAUCUACGGUAUCUCCGGUGAGGAUGGCCGUAUCAUGUGGCGCCUGGGCGGUCUCGAAAGCGACUUCGACAUGGAUUUCACCUUCUCUAAGCAGCACGAUGUAAAAUUCGUCUCUUCCAACGGUACCCACCACGUGAUUUCGAUGCUGAACAACGCCUCCGAUGAGCGAGGCAACGACGAGAACCUGUCAUCUGCUCUAUUCAUCGAGAUGGACACAAUUUCCAUGACCGCCCGCGUCAUCAACCGCGUCAACCGUCCCGAUAGCGAUUUGACCCGCCUGCGCGGCAGUGUUUCAACCCUGGCCAACGGCAACAUCUUCAUCGGCUGGAGUGAGUUCGGUUACCAGAGCGAGCACGCCCCCAAUGGUGACCUCUUGAUGACAAGCCGCUUUGUCGGAGACCGCUACUCGACCUACCGCGCCUAUAAGUCCGACUUCGUCGGCCGUCCCACCGCACCCCCAGAUGUCGUGGCCUCUGUUUACGGUACCAGCAAAGAGGACAUCACCACGAUCAUCUACGUCAGCUGGAACGGUGCGACCGAUGUGGUCGGCUGGAACUUUUACGCUCAGGCUUACGACCGCGGCGAACCUGUCAAGAUUGGCCACGCCAACAAGACCGAUUUCGAGACAAUGUACAUUGUCGACGGGUAUAUGGACUGGAUCACCGCCGAGGCUCUCGAUAUCAACGGUAAUGUCAUGAAGACUUCUCGUAUGGCCCGCAGCGACGUUCCGCCAAAUUGGAAGGCCGCUGGUUUCCUGGGAGAGUCCGGUCCGUCUCCCGAUGACCCGUCGAUUAUCGCCUCGGUGAACAAGGGCACCGGCAGUACCAGCUCAAGUACCAGCUCAAGUACCAGCUCCACUGAAUCUACCAGCUCCACCGACACCGAAUCAACAGAUGCCGUGGAAGCGGACAAGACCGUCACCGAUACUACCGACACUACGGACACUACCGACACUACCGACACUACCGAUUCUUCCUCCGGUAUGGCCGGCAUGAACAUGUCCGACGACUCCACCUCCGACUCCAUGGACCACGACAGCUCAUCUUACGCCGACGCCAAAGAGGUCGCCAAAGCCGUGUACAAAGCCUACGAAGUAAUCCGCGGUGUCGGCGGACUUCUCAUCUUCAUCUUGCUAUCAUGCUCCAUCGGCGGCGCUCUCUACAGCCUCUGGCGCUGUCAUCAAGCCCGCAAGCGACGCUCCUACCAUCAUGUCCCCUCGGAAGAGGGUGUCCUGUGGAAGAGAUCCACCUCCGCUCGCAACAACCCGAAUGAUCUGAUCCCAGUUCGCCUUGGGCGAAUCUACAUAUUAUAUUUUCCUUUGCAUGAUUAG